ACUUCUACGAAAUGGCUUCAAUUCUUCCCCUCACAGAAAUACAUAUCUAUUGCUUUUCUUCUUUUGCUCUCUUGGAGACAUAUAUUACUCAUAUAUAUAUUCAUCUAUCAAUAAACUAGAGAUAAUUAAGAAGAAAAGCCCAUUAUAAAAUUGCAGCUAGGAUUGAAGGAUGAGUUCAAGAGUUCUUUGCAUUGCCAUGUUGCAUCUCUUCUGUUUGUUCCUUCUCUCAGGAACAAGUAUUGCAGAGAGACAUCAUGGCUCAAAAGCAAUCAGGAAAAGCAAAAAACAACAACAACUCAUUGAUUCUCCUCAAGAGUUGUUUUCACAUACUAUGACGAUGUACGAUGAGGUGAAAGCUGAUGCUGAUGUUCCCGUCAUCAAUCCAGUUCCCACUACUCCUUCCACAACUCCCACCCUUCCUCCUCCCGCUCCCCCGGGUUCUACCAUAACUCCCAUUCCUCCUUCCACUCUUAUUCCCCCCACACUUCCAAACCCCACUCUGACCCCAACCGCCCCAGAUCCCACUCUUCCAACCCCCCCUGCGCCCACUCUUACUCCCACACUUCCAAACCCGAACCCGAACCCAACUCCAUCAGCAGCAUCGAGCGGACAAUGGUGUGUUGCCAUACCAGGUGUUCCAACUACUGCUUUACAGGUGGCUCUGGACUACGCUUGCGGCAUCGGGGGGGCAGACUGUUCAGCUAUUCAGGCAAGCGGAAGUUGUUACCAGCCAAACACACUUCUAGCUCACGCCUCUUAUGCAUUCAAUAACUACUACCAGAAAAACCCAGUUCCUGCCAGUUGUGACUUCGGAGGAACGGCCAGCUUAACAAAAACAGAUCCAAGUACCGGCACCUGCAGCUAUUCAUCAUCAACUGCUUCACCCACACCUCCUCUUACACAGUCACCUCCCACCUCCAUGCUGCCGCCUACAACCCCCACACUGACUCCAACACCCAUUCCGUUGAGCCCGCCUACACCAACACCAGCUAUCACCCUACCACCGCCAGGUCAAACAGGAGUAGAUACCCCGGAACCAUUAGAUUAUGGGGCGCCGACAGAUUCACCUAACUCAGCAUACACCUUCUCACCAAACCUAGUACUACUUCUCAUGCUUUCUACCCUAAUGUUGCAUCAUAUGUAAAUCGAAAGUCAGAAUAAAUGAAGAGAGGGCACUGAAGUUGCAACAAGAGUCUGGUUUCUUUUUUUAUUGCCUCCACACAUUACAUUACAAACUCUUC